AGAAAGAGAUGAGAGAGAAGUAGAGAUCGCCGUCAUCGGCCGGUAGUAAGAGAUGAUGAGUUCACUCUCUAAAUCUGAAUUCUGUUUAAUCAGAUUAUACAGUAGUAGACCUUCCUGGGUUCCUUCUUUCAUUACAAAAUGGACUCGUUCUUCUUCUUCUAGGUCGUCUCCGAAAUCUGCAAGUCCUGAUUUCCUCAUCAAUCAUAAAGACUGGUUAAGCCCUAAUGAAGUUGUUAAGAUUUUCCAAACCCUUGAAGAUCCAACUUUAGCAAUUUCGGCCUUCAAUGAAAUCUCCAAGCGUAAGGACUACAGGCCAACUGAAGCCGUCUAUACAUCAGUCAUCACUAAGCUAGCACAGGCCAAACAUUUCGACGCAAUUGAAGAGUUAAUGCAGAGAAUCAAGAUCGAAAGAAGUUGCAGGCUUUCCGAUGAUUUCUUCUACCAUGUAAUCAAGAUAUACGGUCAUUUAGCUGGCCGAAUAAACCGAGCAAUCGAGACCCUUUUCGAUAUGCCGAAUUACAAAUGUUGGCCAACUAUCAAAACCUUCAAUUUCGUUCUCAAUUUACUUGUGUCCACUAAGCAAUUCGAUAUUAUCCAUGAGGUUUAUAUGGGUGCUUCGAAAUUAGGAGUUGAAAUUGACGCCUGUUGUUUGAACAUCCUAAUCAAAGGGCUAUGUGGAUGUGGUGACCUGAAUGGUGCACUCCAACUGCUCGACGAAUUUCCUAAACAACAUUGCAAGCCAAAUGUGAGAACAUACUCAACUCUAAUGCACGGUUUGUUUGAACGCAGGCGAUUUGAUGAAGCGUUUGGGUUGUUCGAGAGGAUGGAGAAAGAGGGAAUUGAGUUAGACACGAUUGCUUACAAUACUCUGAUUUGGGGGAUGAGGAAACAGGGAGGGAAAGUGGAAGAAGGAGUUGAGCUUUUAAGGAGAAUGAGAUUUAAAGGGUGUGAACCAAAUGAAGCAACUUAUCAGGAGGUGGUGUAUGGAUUGCUUGAAGGGAAGAAGUUUGUGGAAGCUAAGGAUUUUAUGGAUAGGAUGAUGUCUACAGGUGGAAGGCCAAGUUAUGACUCGUUUAAGUUGUUGAUCAAUGGGCUGUGUAGUCAAGGUCUGGUUGAAGAUGUGAACUGGGCUGUUAAGAAAAUGGUUUGUUAUGGUUAUGCUCCGAAAAAGGGUAUGUGGGCACCAAUGAUUCGUCUGCUGAUGGUGUCGAGAAAUAGAAGCAAUAAUGAGCUUCUCUUGGAAGAAAUUAUUGGAAAUGGAUGAUGGUGUGAUGCAUGUACCUGAAAUGAAACUAUGAAUCAGAUAGAUAGAUAGAUAAUACCCUAAUCAAACCUCAACUUGUAAUGGAGUUUAUCAAUGGCCUUGUCUUGCUAUGCUAUCAAACUUUUUAUUUUAUC